AUGAUUAUACACAACGAUGUUCAAUUAGAUUUUGAUGAUGUUCUAAUUGCUCCACAGACUACUACAAUCAAUCACAGAGGGGAUGUAGAGAUCGUAAGAGAGUAUAAACAUUUAGGAGUUUGUGGUAUUCCUAUUAUUUCAGCUAACAUGACUCAAACUGGUACUUUUGCUGUUGCUAGUAAGUUAUUGGAAAAUGAAUUCUUUGCUACACUACAUAAAUUUUAUAAAGCAGAUCAGAUCAUUGAAUUUAUAAAAGAGCAAAAAGAGAAAGAUAUUAUUUAUGGUGGUAUUGAUGGUUGUGGCGAAUAUUAUGGUAAUGAAAAAAAUUUGUUUAUAACCGUAGGAAAACGCAAUUGGGAAGAAGAAUUUAAGAAAGUAGAAACUGUAUAUAAAGAAACUGGUGCGUUGGUAAGUGUAUUACUAGAUGUUCCAAAUGCUUAUAUUCCUGAAAUUGUAGAUUGUGUAAAACAGUUGCGUGAAUUUAUGAAUAAACAAAACUUUCAUGAUUUCGUAAAAGUUGGUAUUGGUCCUUCUCCUGUUUGCGAUACUAGAAUCAAAACUGGAUGUGGAAGGCCUCAGUUGUCAGCUAUUAUUGAAUGUGCAAAUGCGGCUCAUCAGGUAGGCGGUUAUAUUAUUGCUGAUGGUGGUUUCAAAACUAAUGCUGAUUUUUGUAAGGCUUUGGUUGCUGGAGCUGAUAUGUGUAUGAGUGGUUCAAUGUUUGCUGGAUGUGAAGAAUCUAACGGAGAAAAGAUCCAGAAAUGGUAUAAAACAGAAGAAGUUGAUCCAGACACGUUGAAAAAUAAAAUCACAUACAAAUUUUUCAAAGAAUAUUAUGGAAUGAGUUCAUUUAGAGCUCAAAGAGAAAAUUAUGGUAAAGUAACAUCAACUGGUACAAGUGAAGGUGUUGAAUGUGGUUCUGUUACUGCUACUCGUGCUAUUUUGAACGCUAUGAAUUAUGUUUCUUGUGAUGUUUCUACUUUGGGUAUGGGUAUGUGCGCAUCUGGGGCAUCUGUGUUGUUGGCUGGCGGUGCUAAAGGUAAGAGAUUUGCACUGAAAGAUACUGAAAUUAUGAUACAUCAGCCAUUGGGUGGCGCAAGGGGACAAGCUACUGAUAUUCAAAUUCAAGCAAAAAACAUUCAAGACAUGAAAGAUUGGCUGGUGGAUUUUUAUUCUGAUGUCAGUGGUGAAAAAAAGUCCAAAAUCGCACAAGAUAUUGAAAGAGAUUGUUAUUUGAAGGCAGAAGACGCUAAAAAAUACGGUAAAAAAGGCCUAAUUGAUGGUAUAAAGGUAAGUCGUGAAGGUUAG